AAACAUUGGGAGACUCACGGCAACGCCGCGCCGACACAAGAGUUAUACAAGAAAUGCGUGGACGACCCGAAUGAGCCGUUUCGUGUUGUUCGGUCAAGGCAACCGACUUCAGUUUAGCGAAGUUAGUUGUUUUUUGGGGGGGAGGGUAAGUAAAAUCACCUGGGAAUCUGUCGGCGGCACAGAAGCCGUCUCCUUGUGUUUGUUUGAACGCGAGUAGAAGUUUUUUUUUCGCUCUGGGAGACUUCCGCGGUUUGUUCGCUUCUAACUAUCAGCCGUAGAGGACAACCACGAGUGUUUUCUGAAGUAAAACACAGAAAAUGUUUGAGUUUGGUUCAGAUGUGUUUUUCUUGCACAUUUACUGAAAGGCCAAAACAAGUUCAGAGAGCGCGACAAAAUGGGCCAAAUUUAAAUUACGGGCCAGCAAUUUAUGCCCUCGGUUUUUUUUUUUAAUAUUCUCUCGUAGAAUUUCCGGUCCCAGGUAUUCUGAGCCAUGCCUGGCCACAGCACAGCGGCUCCCCAGGUGUCUCGUCACCACAAGCCCCACACCUCCGGCCCGCGGGCAGACAAGCACCGGCCCACCCGGACCAUCUCCAGGGAGAGCGCCGCGGGCCAUGACGCCUACAAGGAUCCUUGCGGGGCGCGUCUGCACGAGCGCCACGCUGACCACACCCGGUAUUCGGAGAGCAAGUGCGGACGCGGCAGGUCCCACCCGCGCAACGGCGCGGCAAGGGGCUCAGAGACCAUAGGGUUUAUUCCAGGGUCGGCGGACAGUGUGCCUCCCGGUCGACAUGCCUGUGGCUCCUGCGCCUCCAUGGGCUGGACUGGCUGCAAGGCUCUGAUCUGCUGCGUGCUGACCUGUGGCUUUUACGGCAGCCGGGAGCCCUGCCUGCCCGUUAACGAGAGCUCCACGGACCACCCCCCUAAAGCCGGCACUGAGCCCCACCCUGCCAGUGCCAUGGCCUUAUCCAAUCCCACCUGUGGCGUCCCUUUGGAGUCCGGCAAGUCUACCAAAGCCAUCAAGUUGCCCACGAGUGACAGCUUCCGCUACCCGGAUGUGCGCAUCCGAGGCCAGACGGUGAGCUAUCCGGUCACUGACUCAAAGCGGACCAGUACGUCGGGCAGGGGGGAAAGCCGCCGGCCGGUCAGCAACACCAGCUUGCUGUCGCGCGAGGACUAUGAUUUAGAUGACCUGAGUGACACGGGCACCGACAUUGACUCGCUCAUCACCAAGAAGCUGCUGGAGCUUUACGCCCUGCACCAGAUCGACCAGCUGGCCAAGUGCACUUCGGACUCGUCUUUCUCCCGCAAGACAAACGAGAUCAGCGAGCUCAUCUACAGCAUCGCUCAGGACUACAACCUGGAGGAGCAGGAGGCCGAGUGUAAGCUCGUGCACGGAGUCAUCCGCAUCAGCACGCGAAAGGGCAAGAGGAACAAGAGCCAUCCAUCGGCGGGACAGCGUCCUAACGGGAGGAACGAUGGGACUCUGCCGGACAGUGGCAACGAGACCAUGACCAACACUUUUGUCAGCAGUGACUUUCCCGAGGUGAAAGUGUCAGAGCAGACGCCAUCCGACGAGCUGGCGAGGAAAAUGAGACCCUACAGCGGGAGAACGUACUCCUCCAGCAACGCCACAGCCUACUCGGCCUACCAUCACAGCUCCGAAUUGGACUCGUCAGGCGCUCCUCUUCUGCUCUGAAGGGUACACAGACGUACCUUUACUGACCAGUGAUGCAGCCGAAUACAUGGACAAUGAGAUCCUUCUGCUACUGUCAAUUAUUUUGAUGCUGUUACUAAGUGGAGCACCUUUUACCCUGGCCAGUGGUACUUCUGCUUCUAGUGGUCCGGCUAAUGUUUAUUAUGGAUCUUGUAUCACUCCAGCAAAAAACUAAAGUAUUUUUUUUUUCAACAAA